CUGCUGUUCUCCCUUCCAUUUUGCCCACCCACCCCAAUUCAGAGCAUUGCGAGUGAGCAAUGGCGACGCCGCCGCCGAACAUGGAGGGCGGUCCGCCGCAAGUCGUAGCACAGCCGCCGGGGACGGACAUGACCGGAAUAUGCUUCAAGGACCAGCUCUGGCUGAGCUCUUAUCCUCUCGAUCGUAAUCUGGUCUUUGAUUACUUCGCCAUCUCCCCCUUCUACGACUGGACUUGUAACAAUGAACAGCUCCGUCAGCGCGCUAUUCACCCUCUUGAUAUCUCUCACCUCUCCAAAAUGACGGGGAUAGAGUACAUGCUGGUAGACGUUAAGGAGCCGCAUCUGUUUGUUAUCCGUAAGCAAAAGAGGGACAGUCCGGAGAAAGUUACAGCCAUGAUGACUUACUAUGUGAUGGACGGUUCGAUAUAUCAGGCACCACAGCUCUGCAAUGUCUUUGCAGCUCGCGUUGACCGCGCUAUCCAUCAUAUACAUAAGGCUUUCACUACUGCUUCUUCAAACUUGGAGAAGAUCGGAUAUGUUGAUCCUGAAAAUGAGACUGCAGCCCCUGAACCCAAGGCUAGCAAAGAGACAAUUGACUUGAGGGAAUUUAAUCGUGUGAACCAAAUUCUUCAAUCGUUAUUGCGCAAGCUGCCACCAGCCCCACCCCCACCACCAUUCCCAGAAGGCUAUGUUCCCGUCUCCACUGGAGAAGCAGAGAACGGCUCAGAAACUCAGCAAGCUGGAGAGCCACAACAACCUCCAGUGGAUCCCAUCAUCGAUCAAGGCCCAGCUAAAAGAAUGAAAUUUUAGAUUAGAGGUAGUUACCAACUUUACAUCAUGUUAAGGGUACCAAAUGGUCCAGGAGAAACAAAUUUCAGCAUAUUUGAGAAACAGAGGUAUAUGCUUAGAUCUGAGCGUUUGACCUUUGAAUAGCAAAUCAUGCACAGUGGGACUUACACAUAAUUGAAAGUUAUGAAUCUAGUCAUUCUAGUGCUUGUAAUCUUGUAGUCUGAUUACUCAUGCAGGACUGAAGAUUAGGAAGUUU